AUGUCCUCCCCGUUGCUAUACCAGGUUCAGGAUCUAGCCUGGGAGCCUCAGGAACCGCCACAGCUACCCAUCCGAGAACCCGUGCGAUCGCCAUGGAAAUUCCUCGCGUCACUCUCAUCGAAUCUACUGAUCCUAGGGUUCUUGGUGAUUCCGCUAGCAUUUAAAAGUCCGACUCAAGAGCCCGCGAGCAAAGUGGAUUCAGUGGUGGCCGCCGCAGUGUUAAUUGGGAUUGCGGAUGCGCUAACGUUGAUCCUGAUCUGCUUCCAAUAUGAUAAACGACAGUACUUAGUGCAUUCAAUAUUCCUGUAUGCUUCGACCGUCCAUUCCUUGUUUUCCGGAUUGAUUCAUCAGUUGAUCGCGCCCGAUCUAACACAAUACAGGCCCGGUUUGACCUCCAACUUGAUCGGACUAUUCAAUGUCAUCCUUAAUAUUGUGUGUCGGGAUCUGCUACCUAUUGGCCAAGUCGAGGCCGCCAGCAUGGGCGUCGCCUGUGCCUUUGCAUUUCUCCAUGCUUUCGGCGCUUUGUGGGUGUACGGGCGCAUGGUUGCUGAAGAAAUUCGAGUGCCCGGGUCCAAACAUGUUUUGUUGACCGAAGAAGAGAUGCAGCGACAGCAACUUCUUCGGCUUCUCCAGGAAAAUAAGAAGAGCCCGAGGCCCAAGGUCACGCGGAAGACUUUUCAGGUCAAAGUCCCAGAGCGUAUCAAUCCUGGCAAAGGAUGGGAUACUUUUACUCCACCUCCUCGCGAAGAAGGUUAUUUUGAUGAUUACGCCCGCAGGAGAUAA